CACACUGUGGCUAUUGAUUUAAGAUUCGCCUCGUCGAUGCCCACUUUGAAUUCAACAUUUGAAGUCCACCACCUUACCUCUUCCCGUCGAUCUAGCCACACCUCUUCACCAGCAACACACACAGUCAGGGUCACUCCCACUCAACUUUCUCUCUCCUCCAAAAAUCAACACCAUUUUCAUUUUAACUUAACCUCCCCACUUUCUCUCUCUCUUCUUCAAAUUCCCCACUCUCUCUCACUCAUCCAUCAUCCCCAACCUUUCUCCACUUCCAGAUCUGCUGAAUUCCUUCCCUCACUUUCUCUCUCCUCGGAUCUCCUCCAGAAACCCUAACAAUGGAGGAGGCCUUAGAGCUAGCAAGGGCGAAAGACACCAAGGAAAGAAUGGCCGGUGUCGAGCAUCUUCACCAGCUUCUAGAAGCUUCGAGAAAGCCUUUAACGUCUUCCGAGGUCACUUCACUUGUUGAUACUUGCAUAGAUCUCCUCAAAGAUAACAAUUUCAGAGUUUCGCAAGGCGGUCUUCUUGCUCUUGCUUCUGCUGCUGUUCUUUCUGGUGACCACUUUAAAAUUCACUUUAAUGCUCUUGUUCCUGCUACUGUUGAGCGCCUUGGUGAUGCUAAACAGCCUGUCAGGGAUGCUGCUCGACGCCUCUUGGUUACUCUUAUGGAGGUAUCGUCUCCUACAAUUAUUGUGGAAAGAGCAGGUUCUUAUGCUUGGGAGCACAAAAGUUGGAGAGUCCGCGAAGAAUUUGCACGCACUGUAACAUCAGCAAUCAAUUUGUUUGCAUCUACGGAGCUUCCUCUCCAAAGGGCCAUUCUUCCUCCUAUAUUGCAUAUGUUAAAUGACCCCAACCACAGUGUUAGGGAAGCUGCUAUAUCCUGCAUCGAGGAGAUGUAUAUGCAGAUUGGGCCUCAGUUUCAAGAUGAGCUACAAAGACACCAGCUUCCAUCAUAUAUGGUGAAGGAUAUAAAUGCAAGGUUGGAGAGGAUUGAACCAAAGCCCCGGUCUUCUGAUAGUGUUGUUAGUAGUAAUACCGUUAAUGAGCCCAAGGUUAAUAAUCAUAAUCAUAAUCAUAAUCCUAAGCGAAGCAGUCCCAAAGCCAAGAAUACUUCUCGUGAGGCAUCUCUGUUCGGAGGAGAUGGAGAUGUUACAGAGAAGCCAGUUGAACCUGUGAAAGUUUACUCAGAGAAGGAGCUGAUCAGGGAAUUUGAGAAAAUUGCUUCAACACUUGUACCAGAAAAAGAUUGGUCUCACCGUAUUGCAGCCAUGCAGAGAUUUGAAGCCCUUGUAAUUGGAGGUGCGACUGAUUACCCGUGUUUUCGGGGAUUGCUAAAGCAACUUAUUGGUCCUUUGAGCAUACAGUUAUCUGAUCGCCGGUCAAGUAUAGUUAAGCAAGGUUGUCAUUUAUUAAAUUUUUUGUCAAAGGAGUUGCUGGGGGACUUCGAGGCCUGUGCAGAGCAGUUUAUUCCUGUUCUAUUUAAGCUGGUUGUGAUAACGGUACUCGUAAUAGCAGAGUCUGCAGAUAAUUGCAUCAAGACGAUGUUGCGCAACUGCAAAGUUGCCCGUGUGCUCCCUAGAAUAGCAGAUUGUGCUAAGAAUGACCGAAACGCAGCGCUGCGUGCCAGGUGUUGUGAGUAUGCACUUUUAGUGCUAGAACAUUGGCCUGAUGAACCUGAGAUACAACGAGCAGCUGAUCUGUAUGAAGAUAUGAUUAGACGUUCUGUUAGUGAUGCAGUGAGCGAGGUUCGAACAACUGCAAGGGCUUGCUAUAGAAUGUUUGCAAAAACUUGGCCAGAUCGCUCUAGAAGGCUAUUUCAGUCAUUUGAUCCUGUAAUUCAGAGGAUAAUUAAUGAGGAAGAUGGGGGUUUGCAUAGAAGACAUGCAUCUCCUUCUGUUCGUGAAAGAAAUGUGCCAAAUACACCUCAGUCAUCCGCGUCUUUAAAUUUGCCUGGUUAUGGAACUUCUGCUAUUGUUGCAAUGGACAAGACUGCAACUCUAGCGUCAAGAGCAUCAAUGUCUUCUGGGAUGCUUCUGUCUCAGUCAAAGUCUCUUGAUAAAGGGUCUGACCGUAGCCUGGAAAGUGUAUUAAGUUCCAGCAAAGAGAAAGUUUCAGCAAUUGAAAGCUUGCUUAGAGGCCUAGAUUUGUCUUCAAAACAUAAUUUAUCGACUGUUAGAUCAUCUAGCCUUGAUCUAGGAGUUGACCCUCCUUCUUCUCGUGAUCCUCCAUUUCCUCUUGCUGUUCCAGCUUCAAAUCAAGUCACAAGUUUAUCAUUAGAUUCAAAGUUGUCAUCAGUCAGUGGAAGUAAAAGCCGUAAUGGUGGUCUGGUUCAUUCUGACAUGUACUCUCAUUUGCAUGCUUCGAAAGAUGCUGGUAAAUUAUCAUAUCGCAGUGGUCUCAUGAAUGAGCCGUCAUCAACGUUGAUAUCAUACUCAGCAAAGAGGGCUUCGGAAAGAGUACAUGAGAGAAACUUUAACGAAGAGCAAACUGAUAUCAGGGAUUCUAGAAGAUAUAUGAACUCACACAUGGAUAGGCAAUUUACAGACACACCUUAUAGAGAAUCAACUUUUAGGGAUUCUAGUUAUGUUCCCAAUUUUCAGAGACCACUAUCAAGAAAGAAUGUCACGGGUAGGAGUACGUCUUCAAGCAGGAGGAGAAGUUUUGAUGAUAGCCAUCUUCCUCUAGGGGAGACACCAAGUUUUGUGGAAGGUCCAGGUUCUCUUCUUGAGGCUCUAGGUGAGGGACUAAGUCCAACUUCUGACUGGUGUGCUAGAGUUGCUGCUUUCAACUAUGUAAGAUCUCUCCUGCAGCAAGGUCCAAGUGGUAUUCAGGACAUUGUUCAAAGUUUUGAAAAGGUGAUGAAACUUUUUUUUAAACAUUUGGAUGAUCCUCACCAUAAGGUUGCACAGGCAGCUCUUUUAACUCUUGCAGAGAUAAUACCCUCUUGUAGAAAGCCUUUUGAAAGUUACAUGGAAAGGAUUCUGCCACAUGUAUUUUCCCGGUUGAUUGAUCCGAAAGAGGUAGUUAGGCAACCUUGCUCGACAACAUUGGAUAUUGUGGGCAAAACUUAUGGGGUGGAUUCUCUGUUGCCAGCAUUGCUUCGUUCACUUGAUGAACAACGAUCACCCAAAGCGAAAUUAGCGGUAAUUGAAUUUGCAAUUGGCUCUUUUAACAAGCAUUCUGUUACUUCUGAAGGUGCUGGUAACAUUGGCAUAUUGAAGUUGUGGCUUGCUAAAUUGACACCUCUUGUUCAUGAUAAAAAUACUAAACUGAAGGAAGCUGCUAUUUCGUGUUUUAUAUCAGUUUUUACCCGCUAUGAUCCCACAAAUGUACUGAAUUUUAUCCUUAGCUUAUCUGUUGAAGAGCAAAAUUCCUUGAGGCGAGCGCUCAAACAGUAUACACCUCGUAUAGAAGUGGAUUUGAUGAACUUCUUGCAGAGUAAGAAAGAGCGACAGCGUUCGAAGACUGCUUAUGAUCCAUCUGACAUUGUAGGGACAUCUUCUGAAGAGGGCUAUAUGGGAGUAUCAAAGAAAACUAACUAUUUUGGAAGAUUUUCUGCUAACUCCCCUGACAGUGAUGGAGGUAGGAGAUGGAAUUCAAUGCAGGAUUCAACAUACUCAAGUGGCCGUAUCAAUCAAGCCACUACUGAAGAAACGCAUGGGAACCUGUAUGAUAGUCUUGACUGUGGAACUAGUAAUGAUAUUCUGGAUUCAAGAAUCAAAGAUAAGUAUAUUGGAAAUCAUACUGGUGAAAGUGUUGGAGGUUGGACCAGCCGAUUGGAAAAUAUGGAAAAAAGUGACAAUCCAGCUUUUUUAUCUACAUCACGUGUGGACAUUAAUGUACUUCAAAAGAGUUCUGAUAGUAUUGGAGUAAGCGCAGGGUUGCAGCCUGAAAAUGGUUUCCCAGAUGAGUUGGCUACAGACCAUACCAAAACUGGAAUCUUGAAGACUGUCUCGAAUUCAGAAACUGGUCCAAGCAUUCCUCAAAUUCUCCACUCAAUUUGUAACGGGUUUGAAGGAAGUCCAGCUGAUAUCAAGCAAAAUGCAAUUCAUCAGUUAAUUGAAGCAUCUGUUUCUAAUGACCCCUCCGUAUGGAGCAAGUAUUUCAAUCAGAUUUUAACGACUGUACUUGAGGUGCUAGAUGAUCCCGAUUCCUCUGUUAGAGAAUUUGUUCUGUUGCUGAUAGCUGAAAUGCUAAGAAAUCAGAAAGAAGCCAUGGAAGAUUCUGUUGAAAUCGUUAUGGAAAAGCUGCUUCAUGUAUCUAAGGAUACUGUUCCCAAGGUUGCUAAUGAAGCAGAGAACUGCUUGACAACCUUGUUGGCCCAGUAUGACCCAUUUAGAUGCUUGAGUGUAAUUGUUCCUCUUUUAGUCACAGAGGACGAGAAGACUCUUGUUGCCUGCAUAAAUUGUUUGACGAAGCUUGUGGGCAGGUUAUCUCAAGAGCAACUGGUGACACAGUUGCCCUCUUUCUUGCCAGCUCUUUUUGAUGCAUUUGGAAGUCAAAGUGCUGAUAUCCGCAAGACAGUUGUAUUUUGUCUAGUUGACAUCUAUAUCAUGCUCGGGAAAGAAUUCCUGCCAUACCUGGAGGGACUCAAUAGUACCCAAUUGCGUUUGGUGACGAUUUAUGCUAACCGUAUCUCACAAGCUAGAACAGGAGCCCCAAUAGAUGCUGGCCAAUGAUCUCAUGAUGGAGGAUUGGAGGGAGUUUUGAUAGUUCCAAAUUCAUUAUUUGUGUAUUCUGUAAAUGGUGUGAAAAAUGCAAUGUGUUUUGUGUGUGGGUAUUCAUUUGUGGCCAUUUAUUAGAUUUAGAAGAGUAGUUUUGGGUGUCCACCCUCUUGUUUGGGUUAUGGUGUGAGUGGAAAGAAAGAAACUGUAUGGAUUUUUUUUUUCUCCCUUGUUAAUAUUAAAAUUAUUCUUUACGAAUUGUACUGUGGUUUGAGAUUGUACUGGCUUUGAAAUGAUGUGAGGUUUUUGGAAUGUAUAUAACUGGAUUAAAUGAUUCAUUUAUAACUAUAUAGUGUUUGAUUCUGAA